UACAGGGGCGCAGACCGCCUCCCCGCUUCUGCACGUUGCGUAGCUAGUGAAGACACGCGUGAUCUGUGGAUCAGAUUGCCAGCGCGGUGCAGGACGCACUUAGCCACUUGUGGCUCUCGUCUGGAUGCGUGAAUCUCUCCCAUUCCUUUCACUUCCUCUUACACCACGUCACGAUCGCGCCCGCGCCCCCAUCGUACCAUCAUCCCUGCUCGUGCCCGUCCAUGUGCGCCCUGAGCUUCCGCGCCCUGGCACGGCAUUCUUCUGGCUCGGCAGUGCGGGGGAGGGCGGCCAGGGGGGGGGGGGGGGGACGGGAGGGCAAUUGAGGCUCGAAGCAGCAGCAGCAGCAGCACUGCAGAACACCCACAGAUGAGACAGCAUCCGCAGCGCCAAAACCGCGCACAGAGAGCGGUGCGGAGCGGAAAAGCCGAAGCCGACGACGCA